ACAGGCACAUCCGGCAACGUCCCCAACAUAUACUGCCUCACGAAAGACGUCCCCGACUGCAAAACCUGUCUCGCAGCUCUCGAAGUCUCCAUGCCGCAGAACAUCCCCCGGCGCGCAGGCGUCGUGCCCAACACGCCGGUGUACAACAAGAACCGCCGGCGGAAUACGGGCGCCGUCGUGCGCUAUAUGCAUUCCGACGGUCGUAUGAGGACGAUCCUCAUAGACUGCGGUAAAACAUUCUACGACGCCUCCCUAACCUGGUUCACCCACCACAACCUCCGCCAAAUCGACGCCGUGCUGCUCACCCACGGCCACGCGGACGCCAUGCUCGGCCUCGACGACUUACGGCAAUGGACGAUCGGAGGUAAACAUCUGUGCGUGCAGGACCACAUCGACGUCUACCUCUCACCGCAGACGAUGGGUGUCGUCAGUUCCUCGUUCCCUUACCUCGUCGACAAGGGCAAGGCGACAGGGGGAGGGGACGUGCCGAGUCUCCGGUUCCAUGUGUUUGAGGCCGGGAUUGACAAGUUUGUGGUUGGGGAGUUGGAGGUUGUCCCGUUGGAGGUGGAGCAUGGGAGGGUGGAUAAGGAGACGCCGUUCAUGAGUCUUGGGUUUAGGUUUGGGGAGUUGGCGUAUGUGAGCGAUGUGAGCGCGUUUCCGGAGCGGACGAGGGAGAAGAUGAGGGGGGUUACCACUUUGGUUUUGGAUGCGUUGCAUUGUAAGUCGUUUGUUCUCCCCCCCCCCCCCCCCCCUUUUCCUGCCAUUUUUUUUCUUCCUCUUAUCUCUCUACUCAAACUCUCGUUUUAUUUUGAAGACACACCCCAUGCAUCACACCUCUCCAUCCCCCAAUCCCUCACCGAGAUCCUGCGCAUCCUCCCGCACAACACAACCCCUCCCGCCCGCGCCUUCCUCGUCGGGUUCUCGCACCGGGUCGAGCACGAGACGCUUGAGCGGGAGCUGGAGCGGGACGAGACGUUGUGGAGCAACGGGGUUGUUGUGCGGCCUGCCUGGGAUGGGUUGCGGGUGAAAUUACGUGGCGAGGAGGUCGGGGUGGGGGGGGAGUAA